UAAAACUAAAUUUUAAUGAGUUAAAUUUAUCUGAUCUGUAUAAUAUUUUUUAAAUAAAUAAAUGAAAUGCAAAAAUGUUGUCAUAAAUUUUUAUUCUAUCUAACUUUCAUUUACACAUGUGUUAAUUCUGUAAACUCACUUAAUAUUUUAAAUUCUUCUGCACAAUUUUUCGUAAAUAAUGUUCUAACAAACGGGAUUCCCCUUUCUCUAACAAAUCGCAGUAAAUGUAAUAAAUAUACACAGGGAUUUAUUAAUAAAACCGCUGUUAUAAAGGAUUCUUCUAUACCUUUUUUAAAGAAUGAUAGGAAUCAACAAAGAUUACAAGCUCUUCCUAAAACCUUUGAAAUCACCGAAGUCAAACUUGAUAGAUAUCGCAACAUCGGUAUUAUGGCCCAUAUUGACGCUGGGAAAACAACAACAACUGAGCGAAUAUUAUAUUUAACUGGUGUAACAUAUAAAUUAGGAGAAGUCCAUGAUGGAGAGGCAGUUAUGGAUUAUAUGCCUCAGGAGAGGGAAAGAGGUAUAACCAUAACAUCAGCAGCCACCACAUGUUUCUGGAGGGGUGGAUAUCGUAAAAUUCCACUACAUCGCAUUAAUAUAAUUGACACUCCAGGGCAUGUAGAUUUCACUCUAGAGGUUGAACGAUCACUAAGAGUUCUUGAUGGAGGAAUUGUAGUUUUUGACGGUGUUGCAGGAGUUGAAACACAAUCAGAAACUGUCUGGAGACAAGCUGAUAAAUUUAAGAUACCAAGAAUAGCAUAUGUGAAUAAGAUGGACAGAAUAGGAUCAAAUUUUGAAAAGUGUCUUGACGAGAUGAAGGAGAAAUUAGGCGCAUUUCCAAUCCCAGUGUUCAUCCCAGUUGGAAACUACACUGAUUUCCAAGGAGUUAUAGAUAUCGUCAGAAGCAAAUUUUACAAGUUUAAAGAUGAGAAAAAGAAUUUUGAAUAUGAAGAAUUGGAGGUUCCAAAGGAUCAAAUGGAUGAAUAUAAUAAGUAUAGAGACUUGUUAGUGGAAACUGUAGCACAGGAAUCUGAUGAGCUUUUAGAAAAGUUCAUCUCUGAAGAGCCUAUAACGGAAAUUGAAAUUAGAAGAACAUUGAGAUCACUCACACUGUCAAACACUGUGAUUCCAGUAGCCUGUGGAAGCUCAUUAAAAAAUAAGAAUAUUCAAGGCAUUUUGGAUAUGGUUUUGGAUUUUUUACCAUCACCUUGUGAGACUAAUAAACUGUUCCUGAAUACUGUUAAAUCUAAUGAAAAAGAUGAAUCUGAAGUAGAAACUGGAAAUAAUGAAGAAAACACAGAAUUAGAUAUAAACCAAAACGUUAACUUUGACGUCACAGACUUCACAUUACCACUAGCAGCUCUGGUAUUCAAGUUGUCAUUUGAUCAACAAGUUGGAAAUCAGACAUUUAUCAGGAUAUACCGAGGUUCUAUAAAGACCGGCGAUUAUGUGUAUAAUCCAAGAACAAAGAAGAGUCAAAGAGUGCAAAAAAUCCUCUUCAUGCACUCAAAUGAAAGGAAACUAAUAAAGGAAGCACAUGCCGGUGAUAUCGUCUCACUAGUGGGGAUAAAGGCGAUAACAGGUGACACACUUUGCUGUGAGAAAAAUCCGAUAGUUUUGGAGUCAAUAGACUUUCCAGAACCUGUGAUAAGUCUUUCAAUUGACAUUGUAAACCCACAAGACGAGCCUAGAAUUCAACAGAUUCUUGACAGAUAUGCAGAAGAAGAUCCCUCAUUCAAAGUCCACAGAAAUUAUGAGACUGGAGAAACACUAAUCAGUGGAAUGGGAGAAUUACACCUUGAUGUCAUGGUAGACAGAAUAAAAAGGGAACAGAACUUACCACUGAAAGUUGGAUCUCCUCAAGUGGCUUUCAAAGAAACUUUCAUCAAAGAAGUUGUUUCAGAAGGAAAGUUUAUUAAGCAAACUGGUGGAAAAGGGCAGUACGGUCAUGUGAAUUUACAGGUUGUCCCAUUGGAGCAAGGCAGUGGAGUUAAGUUUGAGAGUAAGAUAAUAGGUGGUGCAAUACCCAAGGAGUUCAUACCUCGUAUUGAGGACGCGAUAAGAGAUGAGCUUAACACUGGGUUAUUUGCAAACUACCCUGUUACAGACGUGCUGAUAGUUCUGACCGACGGUUCAUAUCAUGAAGUUGACAGCUCAGAAUUCGCCUUCAGAAUGGCGUCAUCCAGAGGCAUAAAAGAAGCUGCAAGACUUUCCGGAAUGAAGCUACUGGAGCCAAUAAUGAAGGUGAGCAUUACUUGUCCUACUGAUAACUUUGGAGAAGUUGUUUGUGACCUUUCAAGAAGACGAGGUAGGGUUACAAAUACUAAACAGGGGUAUGGCACUGUUAAGGAAAUUGAAGGUGAGGCUCCUCUUAGAGAAAUGACAGGAUACAUGACAACACUCAGGAAAAUCAGUCAAGGAAGAGGGUUCUACACAAUGGAAAUGUCACACUACAGCCCCGUCCCCAGAGAUAUUCAAGACCAAAUUGUAGCCUCCAAACAGACAAAAUAACAUUAAAAUUCACUAGUAUGUAUAGACAAAAUAACAUUACAGUUCAUUAAUAUGUAUAAAUUUUGUA